CCGAGGCUGCGGCGCGCCGAGGGGCUGCGUCCAGCGACAGCGCGAUGGAGGACUCGCAGCUGUUUUGCGUGGCCGAGGAGCGAAGCGGCCACUGCGCCGUGGUGGACGGAAACUUCCUCUACGUGUGGGGGGGCUACGUGUUCUUCCCUAUCCUUUCCACAUUACUGAAAUUCAUACAGACUUUGGUGCUGCUACCAAGAACAUUUAAAAAUUUCUAUUGAAGACAAUGAAGUAUAUUUGCCUAAUGAUGAAAUUUGGACCUAUGAUAUUGAUAGUGGGUUGUGGACGAUGCACCUCAUGGAAGGAGAACUCCCUACCUCCAUGUCAGGCAGUUGUGGUGCUUGCCUUAAUGGAAAGCUGUACGUUUUUGGAGGCUAUGAUGACAAAGGAUACAGCAAUCGACUUUAUUUUGUUAAUUUGAGAACAAGAGAUGGAACCUAUGUUUGGGAAAAAAUCACGAACUUUGAAGGAAAACCACCCACACCACGUGAUAAACUUUCUUGCUGGGUAUAUAAAGACAGAUUAAUAUACUUUGGUGGCUAUGGGUGUAGGAGGCACAGUGAACUCCAAGACUGUUUUGAUGUACAUGAUGCAUCUUGGGAAGAGCAGAUAUUCUGGGGAUGGCAUAAUGAUGUGCACGUAUUUGACACAGUGACGCAGAGUUGGUUCCAACCAGAAAUUAAAGGUGGAGUUCCUCCACAGCCACGAGCCGCGCAUACGUGUGCAGUUCUGGGAAAUAAGGGCUAUAUCUUUGGCGGACGUGUUUUGCAAACUAGGAUGAAUGAUUUGCACUAUCUAAAUUUAGACACCUGGACUUGGUCUGGAAGGGUUCCUAUUAAUGGAGAAAACCCCAAACAUCGGUCCUGGCAUACUUUAACACCAAUAGCUGAUGAUAAGCUUUUCCUGUUUGGUGGACUAAGUGCGGACAAUAUUCCAUUAAGUGAUGGUUGGAUUCACAAUGUCAUAACAAAUUGUUGGAAACAACUUACACAUUUACCUAAAACAAGACCCAGGUUAUGGCACACAACCUGUUUGGGAAAAGAAAAUGAAAUAAUGGUAUUUGGUGGGAGCAAAGAUGAUUUACUUUCCUUGGAUACAGGUCACUGUAAUGAUUUAUUGAUCUUUCAAACACAGCCUUAUUCACUACUCAGGUCUUGCCUUGAUUGCAUUGGUAAAAAUGCUGUAAUUUUAGAAAAUCAAAUAUCUCUAUUACCUCCUAAACUUCUGCAACAAGUACUCAAAAAAAUAACAUUUUGGACUGCAGCUAACCACCGAGAAGAACGAAGAGCCAAAAAAGAAGAAACAGAAAAUAAGUAUCAGUGGAUCAGUAGCAAUUAAGUGGUUAUGUACUCUAUGUAUUUAAUAUGUUGAAACAUUUUAAUCAGACUGUAUAUUUACUCCCGACCUCCACCUCGCCAAAUCGGAGAUUUUAUUUAGAAGAUAAAAUUUGAAACCAAAAUGCUAUGUUAAAGUGACUCAUGGCAUGGGAUAUAUGGGAAUGAGAUGUUAAUGGAAGAUUAAUUUAUAUUUGUAAAAUUAUUUCCUUAUCAGCUGCAGAAAAAAAUAUACUUUCUGAAAGUAAGUACAAUUGUAAGAGAUUUUAAUUCACUGUGUACUGAUUAUCGGAAAGAUUAUACAAAUUUGAGGAGAAUAAAAAUUAUCCAAGUACUUCAGAAAUCCCUCAAACUAACGAUAGAUAAGUGAAAACACUACGUAUCAACUUUCAGAAAGAAUAGAUUUUCUCAAGUCACUUUAAAAUUAUCUAAAGCUUCUUAUUAAAUAACUCAGUUACUGAAAUAACAUCUCCUUCAAUAAUUAACAUAGCAGGCCAAAAUUAUAAAAUAGGCAAACACUGAUAUGGUAUUAAAUGUUGAACACCUACCCAGUUAGCACUCACCUAGGAAAGCAUUCUUAAGCGUCAUCAUAACUUUUCCUUUUCUUUCAUAACUUUUUCAUCAAAGCUUUAUUUGAGCUUUGAAUAAAUGUCUUCAAUUGGUUUCCAUUAUCCUUAAGUUAUUAGUUUGUCCAAUUAUACAUAUAUAUAUGUAAUUACAUA